AUGAGUGAGGUAGCCAGGAUGGAUGGGCAGGGCAGGAAGCACUUCUUUUACUUUGAGAAUGAUGCAGGAGCUGGGACUGCUUAUCCUGAUCAUCCUGAUAAAGGUGUCCACCUGACAGCAGGGGCCCCCUGCCCUGUAGGUCACUUUUGUCCAGUGGGCCUGGGGAUGCCCCUCCCCUGCCCUGUAGGCACCUUCUCAGAUCGGAUGUUUCUCUCCAUGUCCUCUGAGUGCCUGCCAUGCCCCCCUGGCCAUUUCUGUUCUGCCUCUGGCCUCUCUGCUCCCUCAGGACCCUGUGCCCCUGGUUACUUCUGUUUAGCAGGAGUCUCCUCCCCAACCCCAACAGGCCUCUCAGGGUAUGGGGGGCCCUGUCCCCAAGGGCACUUCUGCCCCCGUGGGACCAGUUUUCCACAGCCCUGUCGUGCAGGCUCCUACAGCUCCCUGCCUGGCCAGGCUUCCUGCUUCCCCUGCCCGGCUGGCUAUUACUGCCCCGAGAACAUCACCAGCUACAGUGGAUACCCAUGUCCUGCUGGUUUCUACUGCCCCCGAGGUACCAAGCACGCCGCUCAAUUCCCCUGCCCCCGGGGCUACUACAACCCCGACUCACUAACCCACAGCUUGGACAGCUGCUUGCCCUGCCCGCCGGGCCAUUACUGUGGUCAAGAGAAUCUGACAAAGCCGUCAGGGGCCUGUGAUGCAGGCUGGUACUGCGUGUCAGCAGCAUGGACCGCUCGCCCCUUUGACUUGGACAACUACACCAGCACGAACUGCCUGUGCCCAGCCACUGCCACAGGGGGGAAGUGUCCAGCUGGCUCCUACUGCCCCGAGGGCAGCCCAGAGCCCACACCUUGCCCGCCAGGCUUCUUCUGUGCCACCUCAGGAUGCCCAACCAAUACCAGCUUCUUCUUGUCCCCAGGUCUCUCUACACCCACUGGGUCCUGCCAGGCUGGCUACUUCUGCACAGGCGGCUCUGAGUCCCCAGCUCCUGAGGAUGAGGUGACAGGAGGCCCUUGCCCCCCAGGAUUCUUUUGCCCUGCAGCCUCACACAAGCCUAUGCCCUGUCCUGCGGGCACCUUCUCCAGCCUCCCAGAGCAGACUGCAUCCUCCACAUGCCAGACCUGUCCAUCAGGCUUCUACUGCAAGGAGGCAGGUCUCCAGGCCCCCAGUGGGUGGUGCCCAGCAGGCUAUUACUGUGACUCCAGCUCUGGACCUGUCCAGGACUUCAGCUUGUACCCAUGUCCUCGAGGAUAUUACUGCCCUGUGGGCACAGCCAAGGCCAUGCACCACAGCUGCCCGGUGGGCACAUACGGUCCUCAAAAAGGUCUAACAAGCAUCACCGAGUGCCAGCUGUGCCCUGCUGGGAAAUUCUGCUCACUGGCUGGGAUCACGGCUCCCACGGGUACAAAGCAGGGUUUGGGGGAAGGGGUGGGCACAAGAGGCCAUGGGAAGAAGUGGACCUGA